AUGGAGAUGUACGAUUCUAGACUCGAAACCGAUGAGGUGGAAGAAGAGGAGGAGGUGAAAGAGAAGGAUGAGGAUGAGGAAGAGAGCGAGGGCAGCGACGAAGAUGAUGAUACGAUCAUCGACGAUAUUGACGAGGGGUUCGAUACAGCGGCGGAUGUGCCAAGCGACGGAGACGAAGAAGACGACGAUGAAGUGAGCAUCGAGGAUGAAAGGGCGAAAAAGGUUGAGGUCAUGGAGGACAAGAAGGUUGAGGUCAAGGGGGAUACAAAGGUUGAGGCCAAAGGGAAUAGCAAGGUUGAGAGGAGCAAGAGGACUUUACAGAUUUCCAUCUUACAGAAGUGCGGUGGCACAGAGCGCCAAAGGAGAUUCUCAGUUCCGGGUACCUAUGGGACAAUAACACGGCGGAUGACAUUUCUUUUCGCCAGUUCCCGGGAUCGCGAGGGCUAUGUGCCUCAGAAGCUGCAUUCCACGAAGGCAUUUAUUUGA